AUGGGGAACCACAAUUCAUUUUAAUCGGAGAACAUAUAGGACAUUUACAAAAUGCAAAUGAUGUAAUGGCAUGUUGGAGUAGAAAAGGAAGUUUAAAAAUUAGGAUUUAAUAUUAAUGUUAGAUCAGAUCAUCUUCAUAAACAAAAUUUUAUGCAAUUAUAUUCAAUUGUUAAACCAUAACACGAGGAAAUUGCUACUUUGAGCACAACAGAAUCCUUAUUUGCAACAGAGUUUGAAAAUAUUAAGAGAUCCAAGAAAACUCUGGAUCCUUUUAAAGAAUUCUAUGUAACGACUCUGAUAUAGGAGAAUGAUCCCUCUUUGCAAGAGUUUGAAAGGUAAGUGCUUUAAUAGCUGUCAACUUUGAAUGGUUGUUUGUUGGAAAUAUUUUAAACUUUCAGACAAACUUAACUGCCUAACUGCAGUCAGGAAUUGGAUAAAUUUAUUGUUAUGUUUCGAGAUUCAUUUGUUUAGAUCUUAAUUCAUUACUAUGAUUUGAAUUUAUUUGCGUCACUAAACAAAUGUCAUUUCUUGAACACCUCCUCUCUUUAAUGUUUAGUAUCCAACAUGAUAUUCAAUGAUCAAGUGGCCUCACAUGUUUACUAAAUCAAAAAGCUAGAAUAAAUAGAUGAAAAUGAGAAAAUACAUAAGAAAUUGCAAUUUUUAAAGGAUAAAACAUUAGCUGAUUUUGGAAUUUCAAUUAAAUAUUGUCUGGAUUGCACAACUAGAGAGUAUAUACAGAGUAAACUAUCUUCAAAAGCAAAUACAGGGAGUUAAAGCUAAUAGAUUAUGAAGAAAGAUACUUUUGAGACACUCAUUAUUGAAGAUGUUGAUACUAUUCAAUUACCUUCUAGACCUUAAGCGAAACUUUUAUAAGGAACAUUUUUCUUAUAAUCCCCAUUUCAAAAUGCCAUUGAAGCUCUAAAAUUAAUUUAAUUUCGAUAAACUCCUCAUCAUAAAGUUAAAUAAUUGGUCGCUUGUUUCAGAAGUAUCUACUCUGCCAUCAUCGACUAUUACAAUUAGUAUACUAAACAGCCUUCAAUCAUAAGCACAGACGAAAUGAUACCAAUUUUUCACUAUGUGCUUUGUAAGUCUUCACUGUAAAAUCCUUACACACACUUUGAAAUCAUGUAUAAGUACUUAGGCAAUCUAGAUGGAAUCGAAGGGUUCUAUUUAGCUAUAAUGGAAGCAGUUUUUAACAUAGCUUGA